GGUUCCGCGGUGCUCGCGCCUCGACAUCCGGGCAACGCCUCUGUUCUGUCUUCCCCCUCCCCCGAUUGUGACAACCGGAAGCGGAAGUGAAAAUGGGUGUCCCGGCUGCCUCUUAGCAACGAGAGGGGUCACGUGACACAACCAGCCGACUCCUAUAGGAAGUCACUGUGGAGGCCAAUUCUGAAGCUGUUGCAGCAUCAGUUGCCCGGCCGGGGGCCCGAGCCGAACAGUCAUCAGAAUGUCGGGCAAAGACCGAAUUGAAAUCUUUCCCUCGCGAAUGGCACAGACAAUCAUGAAGGCUCGUUUAAAGGGAGCGCAGACAGGUCGAAACCUCCUGAAGAAAAAAUCUGAUGCCUUAACUCUUCGAUUUCGACAGAUCCUAAAGAAAAUAAUAGAGACUAAAAUGUUGAUGGGUGAAGUGAUGAGAGAAGCUGCCUUUUCACUAGCUGAAGCCAAGUUCACAGCAGGGGACUUCAGUACUACAGUUAUCCAAAAUGUAAAUAAAGCCCAAGUGAAGAUUCGAGCGAAGAAAGAUAAUGUAGCAGGUGUUACUUUGCCAGUAUUUGAACAUUACCAUGAAGGAACUGACAGUUAUGAACUGACUGGUUUAGCCAGAGGUGGGGAACAGUUGGCUAAAUUAAAGAGGAAUUAUGCCAAAGCAGUGGAACUACUGGUGGAACUAGCUUCGCUGCAGACUUCCUUUGUUACUUUGGAUGAAGCUAUUAAGAUAACCAACAGGCGUGUAAAUGCCAUUGAACAUGUCAUCAUUCCCCGGAUUGAACGUACUCUUGCUUAUAUCAUCACAGAGCUGGAUGAGAGAGAAAGAGAGGAGUUCUACAGGUUAAAGAAAAUACAGGAGAAGAAAAAGAUUCUAAAGGAAAAAUCUGAGAAGGAUUUGGAACAAAGGAGAGCAGCUGGAGAAGUGUUGGAGCCCGCUAAUCUUCUGGCUGAAGAGAAGGACGAGGAUCUUCUGUUUGAAUAAUCUUUCCUGUUCUGGUUUUUUCAGAAACCGUAACACUGGCUUCAUUUUAAUUCACAGGGUGUAGAUUUGAUUUGUGGGCUAUUUAUCUUUUGGCCUAAGAAUUUCACUGGCUAUAAAAUUUACCUGGAUGUCUUAUUUAUGGGAUUACUUUUGCAGAAUCAUAAUUUAGCAACCAUUCAUCAUGGAUGAAAGAGAUCUGUAAAACCUGCCCAGGAACUUACAGAAUUUACUCUGCAGAAGUGUUAUCGUACUCCAUUUACAUCUGUGUUACACAUGAUCUGCUUACCAGGCAUAUUAGGAAAUACCUCUUAGGAAGCAUUAGUGGUCUCAGGCCAAUUACUGUGGAGCAGCUUUCAUUCCUACCCAGUUGCAAACCUUGGCGCUGUUGUCUGAGAUUGCUGUAGCCAUUCUUGUGUUACCAUGGUACUUCUCCAGCUUUAUGAAAACCUGCACUUACUUUUCCUUGCAUGACAGGUCCCUGUCUUGUCUGUGAUGGGAACAGUUCUGUCAAUUUAAAUGUGACUGUGGUAUAAAUAGAGUAAAAUGACUUAAAAAUAAGUCAUUCCUUUUUUAUUAAUUUACUAUUACGUUAUGGUCUCAUGCUCAGAUCAGCCAAAGCUUUCCCUGCAGACAUGUAGGAAGUGGGUAGCCAUUUUUCCCCCUCCAUAUAUCAGAGUUUUACAAAAAGGCUUACUUUGAGACAACUGUUGCAUUUUGGGAUACUAAUAAAUGAUUGCUGAU